CACAAGAAAACAACAACCAUAACUAAGAACGUAAUAAUUGGUAAAAGAAAUCUUCCGGAUUUAAGGAAAAUUCAGCACGCUUGGCCGCUAUGAACGAAUCGGUGCGCUUUGAGCGCUGCCAGCAAAUACAGCUCGGAGUGCUCAACGAAUCCCAGUGCCAAGAGACGCCCACUCCCCAAGGGACGGGCAAUCUGCUCUGCACCCACGAUGGUGUGCUGCUGAAGAAAGCCAAUGCCGAGCACAUAGGAGAGUUGAAUACAAGUGGCUCGCUGUCGCUGGUGGAGUACAGCUUGCCGCGUCGACGCUUGUAUCUGGAGUGGCUGCCAAACGACAGCAUUAUGAUAGCGGAUGAUAGCCAGGAUCAAGGCGAUUGGGCGCUAGUGGAUCGCAUCUCGGGCCGCACACGCACCACCAGUGAAUGCAAAGCUUUCAAUACCAAGCCCACGGAGAUGGGCAGCAACGGCAGCGUUGCCUCCACGCGUGUCCGUACUAUGCGCGUGCUGCUGGACGACUUGGCUGUGGUGGAGGUGCGACAUCGUGGACAGACCAUACGGUUUCUGCGCAAGUCCGACAAUGGCGUGCACUGCGAGUUUUUCUUUCAGCACGGCAAUGCGGAUUUGUUUGUGCGCUCCAUGCGCCAGCAGCACAUCAUAGAGAGCGCCGAGACAAGUGGCGGCAACGAGGAGUACGCCAUACUCACAACAGAUAAUCAGAAGCUGAAAAAGACGUUUGCCGAGUUAGACAUUGGGGAGAUCAAAUCGAUACAGCUGCCGAACAAAAGUUGGCUGCCCAAUCGACUUACGGAUUUCUUUGGCACUAUCCCGGACUAUGUGCAGCCGACGUUUCAACGUUCGCCCAAAUCGCGUCCUGCCUCGUUGCUGCAUGGAGACAGACCUGCCGGAUCGCCGGACAACGAGCAGUUUAUCAAACUCAGCGGCAGCACCAACAGCGCCUGCUCCUCCAAUAGUCAGAGUCGCGGCGACAGCGCCGAUAAAAGCUCUGCAGACAGCGAGCUGGAGAACCUCAAUGCGCAGGACGAGAAGAUAGUGAACAAUCUGCCUGCGCGCCAGAGCGUGCAGCGUGGCACGCCGCUUACCGAGGCUCAGUGGUUGGAGUUCCAGACACCCGAUGGACGCAUUUCGGACAGCUUACGCAUCAAGGAGUUCAUCUUUCGUGGCGGCAUUGCGCCCAGCCUGCGCAAUGAGGUGUGGAAAUACUUGCUGGGCUAUUACAAGUGGUCCGAUACGGAACUGGAGCGUCUGGAGCGGCGCAAGCUCAAGUCUAUGGAAUACUAUAGCAUGAAGCAUCAGUGGCUGGCCAUGACGGGCAUGCAGGAGGCGAACUUUAGUGGCUAUCGCGAUCGCAAAUGUCAAAUUGAGAAGGAUGUAAAGCGCACAGAUCGCUCGCAGGAGUUCUUUGCCGGCGACGAUAAUCCGAAUAUAGCACUGCUGCAGGACAUACUGAUGACAUAUGUGAUGUACAACUUCGAUCUGGGCUAUGUGCAGGGCAUGUCGGAUCUGCUGGCGCCCAUACUGGAGAUACAAAUCAAUGAGGUGGAUGCAUUUUGGUGUUUCGUGGGCUUCAUGGACAUGGUGUUCCGCAACUUUGACAUGGAUCAGGCGGGCAUGAAGAAACAGUUUGACCAGCUGCGUCGUCUGCUGGAGGUGGCCAAUGCGCCGCUGUUCAAUUAUAUGCGCAGUCACGAUUCGGACAAUAUGUACUUCUGUUUCCGCUGGCUGAUUGUUUGGUAUAAGCGUGAGCUGGAGAACGACGACGUGCUGAAGCUGUGGGAAUGCCUCUGGACGCGCUUGCCCUGUGCCAACUUCCAUUUGCUUGUCUCGGUGGCCAUUCUGGAUCAGGAGACAAAUGUUAUCAUCAAGCGUGGCUAUGAGUUUACCGACAUACUAAAGCAUGUGAACGAUCUGAGCGGCAGCAUUGAUCUGCAGCGCACCUUGGAGACAGCCGAGGCCAUCUAUCUGCAGCUGAAGGCAUCCGAAGCGCUGCCCAAUGAUUUGCGUCACAUCAUAGGCGAACCACUGCUGCCAGUUGCUGGCGCAGCAGCAGCGGAUGAGGAAACUGCCUACUCCGACGAUGGCUUCGAUGAGUUGCGUGAUCUGACGCCCGAGCAGAAGCAGCGCCAUCUGGCCCAGCAGCAGGAGGAGGCCUAUGAGCGCUCCUUGUUAAUGCAUCACAUCUAGAAGCCGUAGGCGUAGCAGCUGUAGCCAAACUUUAAGCCAAGCGAAACGUAGCGCAAACUAUUUAGUUGUAGCUCUAGUUAAGACUGCAAAGUGUACGAAAUAUUUGCAAAAUCUGAAUUUGCUGCUGAAGUGCUUUAAUUGCUAAAAACAAAACAAACGAAACAGAUUUAUACAUUGUAUAUUAAACAUAUUUGUACUUUUUGUAUCUAUUGUAAGUUCUUUGAAAACCAAUCCAGCCCCAUGCCCACAAUCUAUUCGUAUAACCCUUGCCCAAAUUACCAAUUGAUUUAAGCAAAUUCGGCAACUUUAAACACUCGUAUACGUAUCAAUUAGAUUUAGUCAAUUGAUUGAAAGAAAAAAAAUGUUAAUUAUCGUUUUUGACGUUAUGCUAAAAGCAGCUUUAGUUGCCUCCCAAACGACACGACCUCUUCAAAACACCCCCUUGAAUUAAGUUCUACUCAAUUACUGUGAAUAUUAAAAGUAUGUAUCCUAACUAAAAUGAUAAU